CGUAUUCCACUGUCGAGUUGUGAAGUAACGAAGCGGUUUCGCCGAAUGUGUCGCACCGUGUGAGUGUUCCGUCAUGCUCCUGAAUGAGUUUACUGUCGAUUAAGUGCCUAAAGACGAAAGAAUGUAUCACAUUUGUUGAUAUUAGAGUGGCUAGUGCUACGAUGUCGAAUGGUGCACGAUGACACGCCCGUGAAAAACGAUAACAGAGCCUAUUAUUUGAUUGACCAAAGAGACAAUUGAGAAAAACGCAAUACGCGAAAAGGAGCCCUGCUUUGUGUAUUCCCAGUGUGACAUUCGUUGAAAUAAAAACCAUGCUUCAACCAAGAGCUACAUACAUCAGGCGGUAAAGAAGAUGUUUUCUUAAUCUCAAAAUGAGUUUUGAUGCUAGACAAUGUUAUUUUCUUCAAAAUACAUAUUUUUGCAAAAGGAAUGGCUAAUUUGAUGAUAACUACGUCAAGUAAGAAUAGUUCACGCAGUACAUCACCUAACAGAGGAAAUACAUUGACCUCACCUCAACAAUUUUCAGCUACUUUGGAACAUAUUUCAAAAGCACGUAAUGCUUCACUUUCCCAAACAGGGGAGGGUAGUACAGGCAGUGGAAGUAGUGGUGGUGGAGGCAGCUUCAGCAUGAAAGGUAGUAGGCAAAAAUCACCAGGAACUGUGAUUCGAGUAGAUGCUAUGGAUGAACCAAAUACCAAUUUAAUCACUGCCGAACAAGACGAGUUUGUGCCAAAUAUUCACCUACCAGCCGAUGACGAAGGAGAACAAUAUCAUGCAACACAAUCGUUCCUAUCAAAUGGCUCCUCUGAAUUAAUAACUGAUGAUGUUGACUCUAACUCUGCUCGUGUUUGUCAAGCUAUUGAGCAUAUCCAAAGUAAAAUUGCUAAAACACGAGAACUUAUAAGAAUAGAACAAACCACACGUGAUGAAAAUGUAAAUGAAUAUCUAAAAUUAGCUGCCAAUGCAGACAAGCAGCAGCUUACUCGAAUCAAAGCAGUAUUUGAAAAGAAAAAUCAAAAAUCAGCGCACAGUAUUUCUCAACUCCAAAAAAAAUUGGAUAGUUAUACAAAAAAAUUAAAACAUUAUGAAUUAAAUGGUGCACCUACAAGUCACAGACAACCCAGAGAAGUGCUUCGGGAUAUGGGACAAGGACUUAAAAACGUGGGUGGCAAUAUUAGGGUUGGAAUCAGUGGUUUUUCAGGAAGUGUAAUGUCCAAACCAAGAGAAUUUGCACAUUUAAUAAAAAACAAAUUUGGCAGUGCAGAUAACAUAAAUACUUUAUCUCUUGAAAGUAAUGGCUCAACUUUUUAUGUAAACGAUACACCGCGUGCAGGUAAUGGAGAUAACGCUAGUGUUGAAGAUGAAAAGGCUCAUCAUGGAUCAGCGACGCUGCCUGGUGGGUGUAGUUUGGGAUCAACUCAUAGUGCUGCGGCAAUGAAAUUUCCAUCCGAAGAAGGAUCCGAAUGCUCUAGUGUUACAAGUGAAAGUGGACCUGGUAGUAGGGGGCAAGCACACACAUGUCACAGUAGUAAUAAUGCUGCACUUAGUCUUAAAUCUAUUUUCUCUGAACUACAAGAACAUAGAGAAAAUUUGGAGAGAAUGAAAGAUAAAUUAGAAGGUUUGAAGAGUUUGCAACAAGAAGUGACAUAUCUUUCCCAUGCUUUGCAAGAGGAACGUUUUAGAAGCGAGCGUCUGGAGGAACAAAUUAACGAUUUAACUGAACUGCACCAAAAUGAAGUAGAAAACUUGAAACAAACUAUAACAGAUAUGGAAGAAAAAGUGCAAUAUCAAAGUGAAGAUCGAUUAAGGGACAUACACGAAAUGUUGGAGAGUUGCCAAACUAAAAUUUGUAAAAUGGAACAUCAACAACAACAACAUCAACAAUAUGUCACUUUAGAGGGUCUGGAUAAUAGCAAUGCAAGGGCGUUGGUUGUAAAGCUCAUAAACGUAGUAUUAACUGUGUUGCAAGUUAUUCUACUUCUUGUUGCAACAGGUGCUGGUAUAAUGAUGCCUUUCCUUAGGACCAGUUGUACUAAGCCUCAUUGUUUCAUGUGCAGGGUGCGCAUAUUAACAACUACGUUUGUUGUAUUGGGCAUAGUAUUUGUGCUCAAACAAUGGCCUGAGGUUCACGACGUCGGCAGUCACCUCAUGCGCCAUCUUAAACAGACUCUCGCCGUCAAGUAGCAUCGGUGGUAUACUUAAAUUUACCAUACCCUGUGAUGAAGAAAAAUUGUACACAAUGAUCAACAUUUUGGACCCAUUUAUCAGUGCUGUAGUUUUGGAGCAAUAAUAGUAGGUAUAUGCGUAAAUGACUUCAUUUAUAUUUUAAAUUUGAUCAUGUUCACUACUAUUAUAUUGAAUCAGACGAGUGAUUAAAUCUAUUUGAUACUGUUAAUAGAAUUACAAUACACAAAACAUAUUUUGCUGUGCAGAAAUGUUUCACUUAGGAAGAAGAGAUUUAGUAGAAAUAAUAAACAUAAAAAUGUCUUUUGUCCCUUAUGCAAAUGUUAUAAAUUUAUUUUGCGAUAUUUUUAUCUUUAUUUGACUAAUUUUGCUAAAAAAUAAUACGUAAUGAUUAUGAUUUAUGAUAAGAAAAUAAAAAUUUCCAUGAAACAUGAAAGAGGCAGUAAAUAUGUAACGCUGUACACUAUAUUGCUUGAUUACAUACGGCACAUUGUUAGAAGAAUUUACUCUAAUGUCAUGCGAUUAAGUUCAUUUUUACACGAAUCAUCAAUUAGCAUGAAAUUUAAAAAAAAAAAAUAUUGAACAAGCGAAAGUACUGAUUAAAAGAUAGAAAAGAAAAUUGUUCUAUCAUUAGUGUCUGUGGGAGGUGUUACCACCAUUUUUGGAAUUAUAGUUCGUACAUUUGAUAUUCUAGUAAAUUUAAAUUUGUGUAAAUUUAUCAAAAUGCACAUUUUGAAAUAAAAUAUUUAUAAUUACAAUCGUCCAAUUGCUAAACAAUGAUAUAAAUUAAGAAAGCAAGAGAACACUUAAAUAACUGUAGAUAUUCUUCAUGUCAAAAUGUAUAAAAUAUGUGAUAUAUUCCUUAGUGUUGGCAAUGAGGUGGGGUAAUUUGAUUCUUAUAUGUAAGUUACAAAUUAUACAUUCAUGAGAAUACAAAAAUGUAAAGGUGAAUAGAAGUACUUUUAGAACACUUAACAUCAAAAGAGGACCAACAUGUUUCAUUCCUCUUAUUCUACAUAUAACGUUAAUUUGUUUCACAUAUGAUGUAAGAAGGAUACACCUUUUGAAAUAAAUAGCAUUAACUGUUAUUUGUACUCUCACGAAUGUUUUAAACCACCACAGACACAAGAAUGCAUACAUAUUAUAUUGAAUAUAAAGAAAUGAACCAUGACAGAUGUUGAAAUGAGAGAAAGACUGAUGGACUACAUCGCUGUUACAGUUGUGAGUAAUUUAAUAUUUGUGGCAAUUUUGUGUUGUUAUUCAUUUAAAAAAAUGUUAAAACAGUAAAAUGAUUGAGAAAAAAUUUUUUUUAAAGUGCAACGGUAAUUACAAAAUGGUA